CAUUUCGCGACGGCCAAUCGCCAUUUUCGUCUCGAGAAUUCGCCGUGACCGCUCGAAUGGCGGCGAAGCGCCGCUCUCCCGCUUCCGACGCGGAGCCCGACGGAGCGGAGGCGAGCUCGGACUCCGAACCGGAGCCUCCGACGCUACCCGACCCAAAGGAGGCGACGCGCGUAUCGAAUUACGAGAAGCAGAGGCUGUCGAGGAUCGCGGAGAACAAGAGGAGGAUUGAGGCCCUGGGCCUCCGAAACCUGGCGAGUUCCGUGAUGGGUUCGAGUCGGAAAGCGAGAAAGGGUGACGCGAAGGGCAAAAAGGAAGGUGGGCGGCGAGCUUGGGUUUCAUCUCAGCAUGGAUUAGAAAUCUAUUACAUGUGUAGUAACUGUAAGAUCAAUAUUAACAAAGUCAGUGGCAAAAUGCAUGACUCUGCUGGAGUUUCAGGAACAGUGAGUUCGGGGCCUUUCCAAAAUGAGGCUGGCGUAAAUCUUAAAGGUAGAGUAGAAAAGACUCAGGAAAAUCCUAGAAUGCUGAAGAGGAGAAAAACGUUUACCAGCCGGGUGAAGAUGACUGAGGAUGAGCUGAUUAUGCAUUUCUUUCAGUUUGAUGAAGCGGGGAAGGGCGGCAUCUCUGCGCAUGAUUUAGCCAAAGUAGCUGAUGCUCAUGAUUUUACAUGGACAGAUGAGGAACUAGCCAACAUGAUUCACUGCUUUGAUAGAGAUGGAGAUGGAAAGCUAAGUCUUGAUGAUUUCUCGAAGAUUGUCCAUCAAUGCAAAAUGCUACAAGGUUCUGAAAGCUCCUGAGUGGUUGAGAAUGCCAAGUCUACCUUCUGUUCAGACCAGGAGGGAUUGAUCAAGAGUUCAUUUUGUGCCGGGUUCUGUUUCCACAGCAAGAAAAGAGGCACCUAAGUAAGUGAGAGAUAGAAGCAAGAAAGUAGCUUGAUCCGCUAGCUGUUGUGAAGAUGUAUAUAGUAUAAGUCGGAGCUUUCAUAGAUAACUCACCUAAUGCUGGUUGUAUUACUAUCUUAGACAACUGAAUUAUCUGUGGCUUUUACAAGCUGAUCUAUUUGAGGUUGGGAUUAGUGUGACAGCAGAUUAUAGCUUGCUCAACCUUUUGCGCCAGUUGAAUUAUCUGUUGCAUUGUUCCAUGCAAAGAACAAGUAUUCUAUAAACUGGUGUUAUAGUGAA